AUGGACCCGUGUGAUGGAGGCCUCUCUGCUCUGUGUCUAAUGGUCCCGUGUGAUGGAGGCCUCUCUGCUCUGUGUCUAAUGGACCCGUAUGAUGGAGGCCUCUCUGCUCUGUGUCUAAUGGACCCGUGUGAUGGAGGCCUCUCUGCUCUGUGUCUAAUGGACCCGCCUCUCUGCUCUGUGUCUAAUGGAGGCCUCUCUGCUCUGUGUCUAAUGGACCCGUGUGAUGGAGGCCUCUCUGCUCUGUGUCUAAUGGACCCGUGUGAUGGAGGCCUCUCUGCUCUGUGUCUAAUGGACCCGUGUGAUGGAGGCCUCUCUGCUCUGUGUCUAAUGGACCCGUGUGACGGAGGCCUCUCUGCUCUGUGUCUAAUGGACCCGUGUGACGGAGGCCUCUCUGCUCUGUGUCUAAUGGACCCGUGUGAUGGAGGCCUCUCUGCUCUGUGUCUAAUGGACCCGUGUGAUGGAGGCCUCUCUGCUCUGUGUCUAAUGGACCCGUGUGAUGGAGGCCUCUCUGCUCUGUGUCUAAUGGACCCGUGUGACGGAGGCAGAUGUACUCAGAUAAACACAGAAGAGAAAUGA